GUGUCUGUGUGCGUGUGUCUUUGUGUGUGUGUGUGCGUGUGGCUGUGUGUGCCGUGCAGCGGUUAGCGCUGCACGGCACUACGAACCCCGCGAGCCCCGAGUUACAUUCCCGCUCACGCCGCUCAUUGCAGCGGCGAAUAUCUGAACCCGCCCCUCCAAGGUCAAAAAUACAUCAGCACCGCUGGGGAUACAAAGGUGGCCGGGCGUUGUACUAUCCGCCCCACCCACCCAUCGGUGCAACUCGCUCACCAGCACUUGCCCCAGCAGUCCGUUAAGGGCUAUACGGGUGACCUCUAUCUUUACGUUCGCAUCUUUGCAGAGUGCCUCCCCGUGUCCACGUGGGUGACCCCUUGAGACUGCCCUCAAUGCGUGGCGCUCUCGCCGCCUAACGCCUCGCGAGUUCGCUCUCCUCUGGCCGGAGUGAGGCUUGCGUGGUCGCCCCUUGGCUCAUUACCGGAGGGGAAACAGCAACAGCAGCAGCAGCAUCUCGGGUGUCCCUGACAGAUGCCUCCCUUCUGACCCCCACCCCUUCCUCCCUCCUCCUGCUCCUCCCCGUCGUUAUUUUGUUUGAAACCAUUCGCACAUCUGCCGCGCAGUCCUGGGCGGUGUGGCCUUGCGGCUUCCGCGACGCGCCGACCCAUUGCGUUAGCAGCAGCAGCAGCGCGGCCACAGCUCCCCGGCCCCGUGGCUCUCGGUCGUCUCGGAGCCUCCCCGGCCCCGUGGCUCUCGGUCGUCAGAACGCCGCCGUGCAGGCUCGGCUGUGACCCCCCACCCCCUCCCCGGGGGCGAGCCCCGCGGCGGGAUCGGGGCGAGAGCUCGGAGCGGGUGCGAGCGAGCGGCGGCCACACCCUCGCUCCGACGGGGCGGGGACGGGGAGAAUUCCCGCGUCCGCCGACAUCGCAGCCGCUGCUGGACCCAGGGACCUGCGCGGAUUCCUGGGCGCGCUCGGAAGCCCUGCGGGUUGGGCACGCCGGCAGGGGAGGAGACCGACCGUGAGUUUGGACGGCGGCGGGAUUGGAGCGGUGGGAUCGGGAUUUUUUUUGUUCGUCGGGUCGGCACCUCUCGGUCGGGCGGUGAGCGAGACGCUGUGAGGAUCGGGCUCCGGUUCCGUCCUCGUGCCCGAUGCGGAUCGCCACCGCCGCCCGUCUCAGCGCCGGGGGUGGAGAGAGGUCCCGCGGAGGGCGGUGAACGCGAUCGAUCGACGCGCGGAUAAAAGAAAAUUAUCGGAAGCCAAGAGAUGUUGCAGAAGGGCCGGCCUCUGAAUUGAUGUUGCAUGUUCAGCCGCGAGUUCAAACUGGCGUUCAAGUGUAAAGCGGCCUGCCUGUGCACCCGCGAUCCGUGGCUGUGCCGAUUGGAGAACCAUAUAUAACGACCCUGACGAUCUCGGAGACCUGCGAGCGGCUUUGAGACCAAUCAAGAGACGACCAAGACGACCGGGAGCGUCUCUGGGCAGGGCAAGAGGCGACCUGGGUUUAAAUAAUCAUCCGGAACGGAGGCGAUCGUGACGUCUCGUCUGCCCGUAUGCUCUUCGGGAACUCGUCCUUGUGGCUUGUGGAGAACUCCGUCGUCGCAGUCACCGCCGCUCACGCUGCGCCCUUCAAGUAGAGCCGCCUCGAGGUGGCAACGCGCGCGUUGACGGCCGCGGUCGGACGCCUUCACGUGCCCGCACGCUUGGCCGUCCGUGCCGGGUUCUCUCUGACGAAGGCGACCGUGGGAAAAUAUUCAGAUUUUAAAAUUUUCCGAAAUUUCCGGCGAUCGGUUUUACGGGACCGCGUGCGACGACGUUCGUGACGCGUCGCGUGGGAAAACAUAUCUUCGAUUCCAACGAAAAGCGUCUCUUGGCCGUCCUGCGUCUUGAAGAGACAAAUAUCCCUGGUUUCUGGGCAGUCCGGCCCCGCGAUGCGCUCGUCCAGUUUCCCACGCGGCGCGACGUAGGCGCUUGGCUCGGCCGCGUCGUUGAGGCUGCGUGCGGACCCCGCAAUCGUCGCCGCGAGCGCAAAGUCCCCGCCCGGGCGACGGUCAUUGCCACCGCUCCGGCUCCAAAUGCUCCACCGGCCCAAGUACAGCCGCUUCCGUAACGACUCCGUGACCUCGGCGGACGAGCGGACGAGCGGCGGGGCCGCCCGCGACGGCCCCGCGCAGCUCGCCGCUUGCCCAGAGAUGGACGGCGGCGGCGGCGGCGCCGGCGCCUCCGCCGGCCCCGGUCCCGGGCCGUUACCGGGACACGGCGCCGCUCCCGCGACCGUGGCCGCUCCGGCCUCCUUCCCGGAUCGCUCGCCUCCGCCCAUCGCGGUCCACGCCGGCGGCGCCGCCAAAAGUUUCGACGGCGCCGUCGCCGACGACGAAGAAGAAGAAGACUCGGAAAGCUUCAGGGACAACGGCGACUACCUGACGCAGUGCAGCGACACGGACGAGGACGGCGAGGAGGCCGCCUGCGCCGCGGGCCAGCUCUGCGGCCUCCUGCCGCGCGUCAAGCUCCCCGGUCCGACCGCGCUCUCCGAGGCGGCGGCGGGCGGCCACGGCGGCGCGCCGGCGGGGGCCUCGCCGGGUGGGGGAGGGGAUGUGGGGGCGAGCGCGGGCCCCAGGGGGAACGAUGACGGAGCGACGCGACCCACGGACGCGGAUCCUCCGCCGUCAGACAUGGACCUCCGUGCCGCCCUGGCCUCCAGAGAGACGGAGGCCGCCGCGGUCGCCGCCACGGCUACGGCGCUGGGCGGGCGGCCCGGGCCCUACGGGGGCGACCCGGGGCCCGCGGGGACGGCGGCGAGCAAGGCCGCGGCCGGGUGGCCUCACCCCGUGGAGCGGAUCACCGGAGCCGGAGUGUCCUACCUCGUCAAGUAUCUGGGCUGCAUGGAGGUGCUGCAGUCCAUGCGGGCGUUGCCGUUCAGCACUCGCACUCAGCUGACCCGGGAGGUGAUCGCGCGUGUGAGCGAGGUGUGUCCCUCUACCAAACCCGGCCUCAAGAAGCGCAAGCCUGUGGACAAGGCCGUGGAGGAGGCCUUGGGGCCCACCAACCAGAGCUUCUCAGGCCGCAGCAUCACCCUCACCAUCAGCCUGGGCAACGUGAGCCUUACCACCGUGGACGGAAAGCAGAUCAUCGCCACCCAUCACAUGCAGUCCAUCUCGUUCGCGUCGGGAGGCGACAUGGACAUGGCCGACUACGUGGCGUACGUGGCCAAGGACCCGGUCAACCAGAGAGCGUGCCACGUGCUGGAGUGCGGGGAGGGCAUCGCCCAGCAGGUGAUCGGCACCAUCGGCCAGGCGUUCGAGCUGCGCUUCCGGCAGUUCCUGCAGAGCCCCGGCCCCAUGCGCACCGGCCACGACAGGGGCUCGGAGGACGAGCGGGACCCUCGGUGCAACUACUACAACAGCGUGCUGGGCAAGGAGCCUCCGGCAGGGGGCCUUCUCGACGCUCGCCUGCAGCUGAGUGUGAUGCACACGGAGGGGCUUCCCUUGCUCGAGAUUCCGGUCAGCUGCAGCCCGGGCAGGAGGAAAGGCGUGGGCCUCGUGUCGUGGGACCGCCCGACCAUCCCCGAGCCCCCGGCGGGCGAGCCUGGAGGCCGCUGCUACGUGAACACGAGGCUCGGCGGCGGGGCCGCGGCGGGGGACGCCGCCCAGCGGCGCCCGCUCGCCGCCACCGCCGCGUCCCCCCGCGACGCCUUCGACAUGCGGCCGUUCCACGACGCGCUGGCGCCGCCGCAGGGGGUCCCGGCGAGCGGCGGCAGCGUGGACGCCGCCCUGCGCGCCGAGGCCUGGUACCACGGCCCCAUCGCCCGCAAGGACGCCGAGACGCUGGUGCGGCGCGACGGGGAGUUCCUGGUGCGCGCCAGCACCAGCAGCCGCGGACAGUUCGUGCUCACGGGGUCGCAGGGAGGCCUGGCGCGGCACGUGCUGCUCGUGGACCCGACGGGCGUGGUCCGCACUAAGGAUCACCGCUUCGACAGCGUGAGCCACCUGAUCCGCUACCACCGUGACUUCCGACUGCCCAUCAUCUCGGCCGGCAGCGAGCUGUGCCUCGUGUGGCCCGUGGAGAGAAGGCAGCCGCUCCCAUAGCGCCCGCCCGCCAGCCAGCCCACCCACCCGCUUGUCCGCCCGCCAACCAGCCAGCCAGCCCACCCACCCACCCGCUUGUCCUCCCGCCCGCCUGCCAGCCAGACCAUCCACCCUCUCGUCAGCCAGCCCAUCCCCCUGCAAGCUCACCUGCCCGCCCACCUGCCCGCCCACCUGCCCACACACAUUCUCGCGGCCUUGCCUGUCUGGCCAAACACACGAGCACACCACACACACACACGCGCGUGCGCGCGCACAUCAACCGGCAAAUAUGGCCGUGCACAUUUCGAAGGGCCUCACAAAGGGGCCCUGUUUUUGUUGUUCACCGAUGAAUAAGGGAGGGGUGGGGGGAGCACUGAGUGGCAUCCCGUCCCAGGAUCCUCUGGGCAGCCCCGCUGGCAAGGGAUGAUGGCAGUCAAGACAGGCCACGCUGCAGCAUGCACAGUUGCGGGGCAGUCGCCGCUAGCGAGCGACAAUUAACGUCCACGCGGCACGCGAGAGGUGACGGCGUGGCCGAGGCCGUGCCACAGCCCCCCCGUUUGUCUUCCCAAUGCCGAUGUUUACACGCCACCACCAGCGGCGCCCUUUUUAAGGUCGAAUGGACCUGGGGGAGGUCCACCAGCGGUUCCGAUGUCGAUCACCACCGACGAACUCGGGCUACCAAUAUCAGGGAUAGCGCCCUGCUGUCGCUUAAAGGCCCCGCCUCUACCUUAAAGGCCCCGCCUCUACCUUAAAGGCCCCGCCUCUACCUUAAAGGCCCCGCCUCUACCUUAAAGCCCCGCUUCUACCUUAUAGGCCCCGCCUCUACCUUAAAGGCCCCGCCUCUACCUUAAAGGCCCCGCCUCGACCUUAAAAGCCCCGCCUCUACCUUAUAGGCCCCGCCUCUACCUUAAAGGCCCCGCCUCUACCUUAAUGGCCCCGCCUCAACCUUAAAGGCCCCGCCUCUACCUUAAUGGCCCCGCCUCUACCUUAAAGGCCCCACCUCUACCUUAUAGGCCCCGCCUCGACUUUAUAGGCCCCGCCUCGACCUUAAAGGCCCCGCCUCUACCUUAAAAGUCCCCGCAUCUUUCUGAAAGGUCCCACCUCUUUCGCCUGGCCUUUGAGCGACACCGAGCUUGGCUCCAUGCUUCAGAGUCGCCAUCUGCGACAUUGAUCGUGCGUGUCACAAAAUUGCAUUAUAAUUUAUAAAAAGGUCACUUGGACUUUCCGUCGCCAUAUAAAGUAGAUAACAUUGCGUCGAUUACAGGGACUCCUCUACUUAUGAACACUUAGGAACUUUCAGAGAUAUGAACAAACCUGUCCAUAUGUCCAGUUGCCUGUUCGGACCGAGGGUCGUAAGUUCAGCCGCCGCGGAAUAGAUGGCGGUGGUGGCAUCUACAUCUUCAGAACGUGAAGAACCGGGUGGGAUCUACAAGAGAUUAUGCAACUUUUAAAGACAUUCCCCGUCGUGUUUAGUGUACACGCCGUCCAACAUUUUUGGAAUCGACAAGAGUAAAGUUGGACUUACGAACAGACCUCUGGAACCUAACUCGUAAGUAGAGGAGUCCCUGUCGUCAUGGAAUUCGAUUCCGAGGCUCGCCCGUAUGUGCGUGGUGAAAAAAUAUAUCGUUUAAAAUGUAUGAAAAUUAUAUGCGAGCGCUAUGCUAACGCAACCCCGAGGCGAAUGGAGCAAAUCGAUUUGUACAUACGAGACGGAACGAAUGGGAAAACGAUGCAGACAGUACGGUGAAAAUUUCACGAAGAUUGUCGUUGCUUGAAUGAAAAUUGCGACCCUCAUCUAUUUAUCUCUAUCUAGAUUAGCUCAAGCCUCCCGUAAAUCACGUGGCUUGUGUGGCCACCCCCACUCUGAAUCGCCCCCCUCUCCUCCCCGCCCACUGUGAAAACAGACGCCGCUCGUCCGUGCAGAAGUGACACGGACCUUGUGUAGCCUCUUCCGAUCAUCUUUCCUGAUCCUUUCUUCCUAUGUCUCUGUUCCUUUUCCAUCCUUUUCCUCUUAUUUCCCAUUAUUUCAACUAUCUCUUCCCCUUGCCGUGAAUUUUCUCUCCUCGCAUGCAUUGCAUCAUCGACUCUACAGAGACAGAGUCGCUAGUCACGACAAUUUGUCUAAAUGCCAGAGUUUUUGUUUUCAUUCAUCCCUCGGGAUGUGGGCGUCACUGGCAAUCCAGAAAUUAUUGCCCAUCCCGAGUUGCACUGAGAAGGCGGCGGCGGUGGUGGUGGUGGUGAUGGAUCUCAGUCUUCUCCUUGAACUGUCCCAGCUGCCCUUGUGUCGAGAGGUGCCACUCCCACAAUGCCGCUUAUGCCCGGGAGCUACAGGAUUAUGACCGAGCGAUGAUGGAAAGGCCAUAAAUGUAAUUUCGUGACUCUCACAAAAGCAGCCGCACUAAGGACAGUAUUAUACACACGUUCUUCGCUUUAAAAUUCGGCCGAUUAUUAAUCAGCAGCAGCCAGCCUUUGGACUCAGAUAACAAGGGGGACAUGUCGUAAGAAGAGAGGGGAACCACAUCGGGAGAAGAAAAGCGGUGAGCGUAGAAUAAGUUUGCCACCUUUCCCACUCGACCAAACCCGCACGUGUUUCUCAGUCGGUACGAGGCCCAUCAACAACUGUGCAGGAUAACUGCAAUAAAGUUCAACACAAUACCGGUACCAGAUCUCAUUACAAAUCAAUUCCUUCCACCCGAACUCUCUCUGUGUGAGCCGUGACCUUUCUCAAAGACGUCAGCGAUCAUGGCCUUUCCUCCAUUUAUCUCUGUCCGUGAUGCUCAUCCAAGGACUUGGCAUUCGAUCCUCCCAGUUGCAUCCAAUUAUUCAAAUUGCUUAUGUAACUGAACUCGCCGUCUUUCCUGGCUUCUUGCAGGACCUCUGAUGUUAACCGUCAAACCCACAUUUACAUGAAUUCUCUUGUUCUCACAUUAAAUAUCCAACUUUGCCUUUCUAUCAUCAAUUUUUAUUUGCUAUUUUUGUACGUUGCUGCUAUCUGUAGUAUGGACACAGAUGCCAAUUCCAGAACUGUCCCCGGUCAAACCCGGACAGGUGGCAACCCUGUGAUAGAAGGACCAGGGGCAGGUGACCGAGGGCAGAACGAGAGAGGGGUGGUGGUGAACCGGUCUACGGAGGGUUGUGGAGUGGACGUGGGGAUGUUGACACAGGACACGAGCAGAGAAAGGGGGAUAAUGCCGUCAAGAAUGGCCAGCCCUGUAGACUGCAGUCGCGUGGCAGGGUCGGCAUCGGCCCUGGUGCAACCAAUUAAACUGCCCCCUGUCCAAUUUCUCCCUUCGUUCGCAGCCCGGUGCCUGGGACCCCUGCGGUGGCCCCGUGUGUCCAGGCGCAGUUGCACUGCCUGCACCCUCGAUAGCCACGCCAACUUCAGCAGCGCGAUGCCGCAUUCCCCUGCGGAGCCGCUCGCUGCCAGGGAGGCAAUCUGACGUUGUGCUUGGGCACGGUACUCACCUGCCACGACAGCCCCCCUCCUCGAUAUCCUCUCUCUCUGCCAUCAUAGGCCACCACCGCAACCCUCAUCACCGGGCACCCGAGACACAUUUACACCCUCGUCAAUCCGGAGCGGUCGGGAGUGGAAAUGUAAUAUUUAGCACCCAGACCAGACCUCGUUAUUUAAACCUCGAUACGAUGUGUUCCGGCUCAAAAGCACAAAACUCCUCGAGCCGCUAUUCUUUUGACACAAAAGAAUUACGUUACGAGAAACGGACCGCUCGCGAACGCGGUACUUUGAGUUUCCAGCUGGUUACGGCCACUGUGGCCAGCUAUGGGGCCAGCCCACAGCACUCGUAAGUGCCUUGGUUCUGUGAAUAUGAAAGAGAGAGGGAAAAAAUCCGAGACAAGCUUUUGUACAAAGGUUCGAAACGGUCAAUUUUUGGGGCUGUGUUGGAGGUCAAAUUCCCACCAGCCUGGGCCUCAGCUGGUCAUUGUGCUCGCCUUUAAAACCUGGAAUAGUAAACGUUUAAACUGGACAAUGAUCUUACACGGACAUGUAUGAAUUUCUUAAAUAAAAUCACUCGUGGAAUGUUUUGUGAACGCG